GGGCCGAGCCGAGAAGAUGUUCUUCUUGCCGCCUCUUCCGGCUGUGGGGCGAGUAGUCGUCGGGUGCCUGGUGGGGAAGCGUUACUGGACCAGGAGUUUCUCCGCCGCCAAGAUGACGAAGGGCCUUGUGUUAGGAAUCUAUUCCAAAGGAAAAGAAGAUGAAGUGCCACCAUUUACAAGCGCAGCAGAGAACUUUAAUAAGUCCGUGUCCGGAAAGCUGCGAGAGCUUUUGAACAUAUCCGGACCCCCUCUGAAGGCGGGCAAAACCCGGUUGUUUCACGGUCUGCAUCAGGACUUCCCCAGCGUGGUGGUGGUCGGCCUGGGCACCCAGGGAGCCAGCGUGGACCAGCUGGAGAACUGGCACGAGGGCAAGGAGAACAUCAGAGCUGCCGUCGCAGCGGGCUGCAGGCAGGUGCAGGAACUGGAGAUCUCCUCCGUGGAGGUGGACCCCUGUGGAGAUGCUCAGGCUGCAGCGGAAGGAGCAUUCCUUGGGCUCUACGAGUAUGACGACUUGAAGCGGAAGAAGAAGGUGCAGGUUUCUGCGCAGCUGCACGGAAGUGGGGACCAGGAUGCCUGGCACAGAGGGGUCCUCUUCGCCUCCGGGCAGAACUUGGCCCGUCAGCUUAUGGAGACGCCGGCCAACGAGAUGACGCCUACCAUCUUCGCGCAGGAGAUUGAGCGCAGUCUCAAAGCAGCUCACAGCAACACUGAGGUCUACAUCAGAAACAAGUGUUGGAUUGAAGAACAGCAAAUGGGCUCAUUCCUAAGUGUGGCCAAAGGGUCUGACGAGCCUCCGGUCUUCCUAGAGAUUCACUACAAGGGCAACCCCAAUGCGAGUGCACCCCCGCUGGUGUUCGUGGGGAAGGGAAUCACCUUCGACAGCGGUGGCAUCUCCAUCAAGGCUGCAGCCAACAUGGACCUGAUGAGGGCCGACAUGGGAGGGGCUGCAACCAUCUGCUCAGCCAUCGUGACCGCUGCCAAGCUCAGCCUGCCCGUCAACAUCGUGGGCCUGACCCCGCUUUGUGAGAACAUGCCCAGCGGUAAGGCCAACAAGCCCGGAGACGUCGUCCGCGCCAAGAACGGAAAGACCAUCCAGGUGGACAACACCGACGCCGAGGGGAGGCUCGUGCUAGCUGAUGCACUCUGCUACGCCCACACCUUCAACCCGAAGCUCAUCCUCAACGCCGCCACCCUGACAGGUGCCAUGGAUGUUGCUCUGGGCUCCGGCGCCACGGGUGUCUUCACCAAUGAUACUCAGCUGUGGGACAGGCUGUUCAAGGCCAGCAUCCAGACGGGGGACCGGGUUUGGAGGAUGCCUCUCUUCGAGCACUACACCAGACAGGUGGUCGACUGCCAACUUGCUGAUGUGAACAACAUCGGGAAAUACAGGUCUGCAGGUGCCUGCACCGCUGCAGCCUUCCUCAGGGAGUUCGUGACUCACCCCAGUUGGGCUCAUCUGGACAUAGCAGGUGUGAUGACCAACAAGGACGAGGUCCCGUACCUGAGGAAGGGCAUGACCGGGAGGCCCACGCGGACCCUGGUGGAGUUCUUGCUUCACUUCAGCCAAGAACCGGCCACCGAGUAGUCAGUGCCCACCCCGCCUGGCCCCGCCUCGGUCUGAUGCUGGACAGCCGAGACGCCUUCCAAAUGGUUAUAAGAUGAAUGCCUGGAGAUUUUAAAAAAUGAAACAACGGUGGUAUUUUAAAAUGUGAGAGAGAAAAAAUCAGCUGCUUGAUCCUUCUUUUUUUAAUGCAGAGCUUUCUAAAGAUAAAACUAACUCCUUGCUUGCAAGACUUUUGAAAAAUUAAAUAAAAUUGAGAAGCAACGCUUCA